AUGGGCGGUGUCAACAGCAAUCUAUUCACGUUCAUCCUCGUUUGGCAUCACACUGGAGCAGAAUUUAAAGCCAAACUCGACGAGCGACAACGCGCAACUCUUAAUCUCAACCCCCGCCUUGCCCCAACCGUGUUGUGCGAACCGGGCGCCAUUUCCUCCUUCCGAGUGCAGACUCGCAUACACACUGGAGGGUUCCCGAAGACGAAGCCGAAGUGGCAGGGGGGGGAACUGUUCGCGUUGGGAAGAUCCGGUGAAGUCUAUAAAUCACGGGAUAUCUACACCGGUGACUUGAUGGCGGAAAAGUUUCUGAGAGGGCCAACUGGUGAGAUGGAAUAUCCGGGGUGGCGGCUCAGGCUGAAGGGGGAGAUCGAAAUCCUUGCCCGGUCCACACAUCCUCACAUCGUGGAAUUUCUUGAGUAUUUUGAGGCAGAUGUUGGAUGCUCCAUUUUCAUGGCUUUGCAAGAGGGCAGUCUUGCGUCCCUCUCUUUUCCCAAUCCCCAGCUCGAUUCGCGGGUUUGUCAGCUGUUUAUCAAACACACCCUCCUCGCUCUCCAAUAUCUCGCGGCCAAUGAUAUCAUCCACCGUGACGUCAAGCCGGACAACAUCCUCUACACCAUGCGGAAUGGGGCGCCUCACUUCCAACUCGCCGACUUUGGAUCAAGCAUGUACCAAGCCGACCGAGAUGACUACUGCGGCACCCCAGUCUACGCAGCCCUGGAAAUCUACUACCGCAUGAAACAAACACCCAAGGCCGACAUCUGGUCUCUCUUCGUCACCAUCGCUGAGGUACUAAAUGCAGUCUGGGAGGUUGCUUGUAGUCCGGGACUCACCAAUAUCCAAGAUAUGGCCCACGGCCAGGCCGAAGAACGCCCAUCCGCCGCGGAGUUGUUAAACCGCCUAGCCGAUCAACUGGAAGGGGACCCAUACACCCCGGAAGUUGAGAUGAUGGACAUGGUCUCUACUUUUUCCUCUUAA